GCCGUGGUCGGCGCUGCGGCAGACUGCGACCGUGACUGGGAGUGCAACAGCAUGCGGUGUUUGACGGCGCUGACAGCGCUGACAGUAUUGGCGGCGGCUCCGGGCGUACUUGCCACCUCCGAUAUCAUGAAGGACGUAACCCUCGGCUUUGGCGAGGCGCUGCAGCACUGCAGGGAAGAAAGCCAGCUGACGGAGGACAAGAUGGAGGAGUUCUUCCACUUCUGGAGCGAGGACUUCAGGUUCGAGGAGCGCGCGGUGGGCUGUGCUAUCCAGUGCAUGAGCAGAUACUUCGACCUGCUGACCGACUCGCACCGCAUGCAUCGCGAGAACACCGACCGCUUCAUCAAGUCCUUCCCUAACGGCGAGGUGCUGUCGCAGCAAAUGGUGGACAUGAUCCACGCGUGCGAGGUGCAACACGACACCGAGCCUGACCAUUGUUGGCGCAUCCUGCGCAUCGCCGAGUGCUUCAAGGCUAGCUGCCAGCAGCGAGGCAUCGCGCCCACCAUGGAGCAGCUAAUGGCUGAGCUUAUCAUGGAAGCCGCCGAGCGAUAGCGCCUACCACCGACGCGCCGACCUACCACCGUCCCACCGACUGCUGUCAUAUUCUACUAGAUAAUAUGUAUAAUGUUAAGCGGUCGCAUAGCUGGUAAGACCUAAUUUUUACUAGUGCUACUAUUACCGCGCCAUGGAUCUAUUGUAAAUCUACGUGUAAUUAAUUACCUAGUUUUUUUUUUUUGGUAUUGGUGUUACGGUUGUACAGUUUUGCAAGGAGGCAGUUUAGCCCCCCACCCUCGGGGUAGCGCGCACUGCCUCUCACCACUGACGACCGAUGGCUUUGUGAUUUUGUUCCUUAAUAAAUGUUAUUGUAACUUUCA